AUGUGGGUCUUUGAGAAGAUCAGGGAGAGCGUGGAGAGCAUUCCCCUGGAGCUGAGUCACUAUUUGGGGAAGAGUGAGGAGGACAUCCUUCUGUCUUCUAAGGCCAGUCUCUCUCACAAGCUAAACAACAACAUCCUCACUCCGGACAAGAUCCCAGAGUUCUGCCUGCCGCCCAGGCUCUGCAAGAGAGGUCCACUGCUAGAAGCUGAGACAACGGUACCUUACCUGCACUGUCUGAGGAAGAUGCCCAAAAGCAACACUCCUCCAAACACUAUGCAUGUGAAGAAGAAGGAUGGUGAUGUAUCAGUGGCUACAAAGAAACCUUUGGCAUUCUCUGCAGAGGGGUAUGGCCUGGCUGGGAUAUAUGAGAGCCCCAACACUCGAAGGAAAGAGUCUCUGUUCCACUCAAAGUGCCCUGCUUACAUGUUUGAUAGAAGCCUUCCCAAUGCAGCACCCAGGCUGGCAAAGGCAACAAACCUGCCCAAGAAAACUUUAUCGAGGUUUCUCCCUCUGGUGUCAUCCAAGAGCCUGUCAGAGACAGGAAGCACAGGAAGCGAAACACCUUCUUCCAGUGACUCAUCCCCCUUCAGUUCCCCUUAUAGUGCUAAAUCCUCCCUGUACUUCCCACCAAGCAGUGGCCGUCUGAAAGGAGCAACAUCCUGUCCCUCGUUAACUGACAGCAGGGAGAUUAGAGGGAGGUGGAAGAGGGCGAUUUUAAGUUUAACAACCUUGCCCAGUAGCCCUCCAAGCUUAGAGGGAAGCUCACCCACCUUAGCCCCAUCUCCCCUCUUCCCGUUGGAUGUUCUGCAGUGCCAGGAGAGACUUCAGCAUGAACACAUCCUCCCUUUGCAGUGCCGUGGUAAAGUGCGCCUCUACAUUGAGCACAACACAUUGUCCACCAACACAGUCUCACCCAUUUCCACAGUCAGAGUCCGCGUGGUGUCUGUAGAAAGCCUAUGGGAUGACACAGACAGACGAACCCUCAACUGUGCAGUCAAUCUGUGUCUGACCCCAGGGAAGCUGCAGCAACAGGAGAGUGCCACCAUCAGGAACUGCCGCAGCCCUGUGUUUAAUGAAGACUUCUUCUUCACAGAGCUGAGCAGAGAGGAUCUGCUGGAACUGCAGCUCAGGUUAAAAGUGGUGGAUAAACCUGCAGCUGGAACACUGAGGAGAGGGACAGUGAUUGCAGCAGUCACCAAACCACUGUCUCAGUUACUCCCUCUUAAAAAACAGGCAGAGGAAUAA